AUCGCCGAAGAGACUAACAUUGAAAUUGGACCAAAAACGUAUUUUAUGCCGCAUCAAGCCGUUAUAAGAGAAAACAAGGAAACUACAAAACUCCGUGUGGUUUUUGACGCUUCGUCACAUGCGGAGAAUUGUUUGUCAUUAAAUGACUGUUUACAUUCAGGUCCCAAGAUGUGUCCAGACAUACUGGAAUUGCUCCUUAAGUUCCGUCAAAAUCGAAUUGCGUUUACAGCUGACAUCGAACAAGCAUUCUUGCAGAUUUCUCUUGCUGAUGAAGACAGAAACGCAGUCAAGUUUCUAUGGAACGAUGGUGAAUUAAAUGGAACCAAAAUAAAGGCUCUUCGUAUGACAAGGGUAAUUUUUGGAGCAACAUCUAGUCCGUUUCUUCUCAGAGCAACUCUUAAUGUACACGCUGACAAAUACAAGUUACAGUAUCCGAACGUAUUUUCCAUGCUAACUGAAAAUAUGUAUGUUGACGAUUUAAUCGCUGGAGCAGAUGAAGAAUCAGAAGCAUUCGAGGAAUCGGAACAUAUUAAACGCAUACUGAAAGAAGGUGGAUUUAACAUGCGGAAGUGGAAAACGAAUGAAACGAAUUUACAAAGGGUAUGGAAUGAAGAAGAUUUUUCACACGAUUCGACUUGUUCUAAAGUAUUGGGAUACAUAUGGAAUAGGUCAAAUGAUACAUUUUUUGAUAGAAAUUGA